UAUCGCGAUCAAAGAUUUAUCUUCAGCCGAGUGUUGUAUCUUCUCGCCUUUUUUCUUCAUCAAUACGUGCGUUGGACUUUUCGAAAAUUUCAGUGCGCGACAAACGUUCACAGCAAAAACACAGCAACACGGUUUGCGUGUUUCACAUCACUUCCAUUCCUUCAUAUCUACACAUAAACCUGAACAACUGAAAAGUGACAUAGACACAUAAACACGACGCGCGCCCAAUAUUUCUUUUCAUAAAUAAUAUAACAUGCAAUAUGAUAAAUAGAAUAUUCUUUUACAAUAAUUAUCUAAUCCUGAAAGAACUUUCGAACUUUCUAGUGAGUUAAAUGCAACGGUUUGUCAAAUAUUCUAUUUUCGUUUAUUAAAUAACAUCAUUAUUAUUAUUAUUUCUAAUUUAAUAAACUAAUUUAUUUUUGAAUUUUUCUACUUAAAAAAAUUGUUUUCUGCUUUGGUGCGCGUUUCGUAAGCUUUUUCAUAAAAGGAAAAUGGUGCAAUUCACGAAGAGACAGUGGCUAACACUAAUUGUUAUCGGAAUUGCGGAUUUUUGUAACGCAAUUUGCGUAUCCCUGCAGGCUCCAUUCUAUCCGCAAGAGGCUGAAAGGAAAGGAGCAACAGCCACCGAAUAUGGUUUGGUAUUUGGUAUUUUUGAACUGAUCGUGUUUUUGGUAAGUCCAUUUUAUGGACAGCACCUAAACAGGAUAGGACCUAAGUUACUUUUCAAUGGAGGAAUUUACACGACCGGAGUUUGCUCCAUUUUAUUUGGAUUUUUAGAUAAAGUUCAAGGUCACUAUCCCUUCAUCAUUUUGUCGUUCAUUAUACGUAUUGUGGAGGCCAUGGGAAAUGCUGCUUUCCUGACAGCUAGCUUUGCAUUGAUUGCCAAAGAAUUUCCCGACAAUGUGGCUACUACUUUUGCUUCAUUGGAAACUUUCUUCGGGUUAGGUUUAAUUGUUGGCCCGACAGUUGGAGGUGCUCUUUAUGAAGUCGGUGGAUACACAAUGCCAUUUGCUGUGAUGGGCUCAGCCCUAUUUCUUGCUGCGAUAUUCACAGGAUUCAUUUUGCCUCACCACGAGGAAGGACGGGACAUGGAAAGUGGUUCUUCCAUGUAUACCGUUCUUAAAAUUCCCGGAGUUAUGCUAUCCGCUGCUAGUAUAAUAGUUACGAGCAUGUCCAUCGGAUUCUUGCAAGCAACAUUGGAACCCCAUCUGAGGCAAUUCCUGCUACCACCAGUUAUUUUAGGUCUGAUGUUCGUAAUUAACGGCGGCACUUAUGCCAUAUCCGCUCCGAUAUGGGGAAGAUUCUGUGAUAAAACUUGUCCACCGAAAGUCAUAACAAUUUUAGGAACCAUACUAGUCGCUUGCGGAUUUUCUUUGGUGGGACCUGCACCUUUCAUACCCACCAAUACAAUGUUACCCCUUACCAUUGUCGGAUUGGUCCUCCACGGUUUAGGAAUUGGAGCGCAGCUCGUUGCGUCAUUCACAGAUGCUUUAAGAACUAGUAUCGCGCACGGAUUCCCCAACAAUUUGGAAACUUUCGGUUUGAUUUCCGGUUUGUGGACAAGCACAUUCGCGUUGGGCGCUUUCAUAGGGCCUUCGGUUAGUGGAAUCUUAUAUGAUAACAUAGGAUUUAGGAAUGCCUCGAUGUUCGUUGUGGGAACUCACUUGAUUGUUGGCUUCAGUGUAUUUGCAUGUUUGCUAUGCUCUAAGAAAACCGCGGAAUACGUGGAAAUCAAAGAUGAAAAAAUAUCCAAUUGCGAUUUCAAUGGAAGCAUAGGAAGGUCGGCUAGUAUUAGCGUGACGGAGAGCGCGAAGAGUAUUAGGAGCGUCGGAAAUGGAAUAUCCAUCGAGAGAAGUCGUCCACCUGGUAUGAACAGUCUUAUCGCUUGCAACAGCUACAAGAGUAAGGCAUGGCCUAGGAAACAGGCGAAUAUGAAUUUGGGUCCAUACAGUUACAGCUACGGAACAAUCGACAGAAGGAAUGGAGGAGGUCCAUAUUUGCAGGGCGUCGCAUAACUGAAAUCAAUACAAACAUACUUCGUGUGUCUUAUUUGUAAAUAAUUUUAAUUAAUUUAAUCCUUUAAUAACAUUUUAUUCCUCUAAUUCUCUUCUACUUUAUGUACUGUUUCUGUAUGAUACCAGAAAACAAUAAUAAAUAACCAGAUAUUUAGUUACUUUUA